AGAGACAGAGGGGACAACUCUGCGACAGGAGGCUGGGAAGGACCUGGAGCACAGAACCACCACAAACCUGGUCCCAAGCCCAUGCAGCAGGAGAGUAGUACCUGGUGCGGGGAGGAGGUGUCGUGCCAGGCCAGUUGGGAACCGGAGGAGGAGCUGGAGAUCGGGAUGUGGAGUAACACCCCAAGUCACCGAGACCGGGACAGAGAGAACCACAGAGACCGGGACAGAGACGGUCACAGAGAGAACCACAGAGACGGCCACGGUCAGGACAACAGGAACAGCGGGCCACAGCAACACAGCUGGAACUACAUGAAGAAAAUCCCUCCCAAGAUCAACAAAUCGGUGAACAAGCAGGAGGAUGCCUGGAUGAACCAGUUCGUCAAACAGUUCAACAACAUGAGUUACCCUAGAGACUCUCCUGAAGACUUGUCGAAGAGCAAUAAGAUGGAAGGAGGAGGGAUGAUGUCUGACAAGCGUAUGGAUGUGAACAUGGGAGAGUACAGUGGAGCGAUGGGGAAAAACUCAGCUUCCAGGCACCAGACCCACAAAGAGCCUUCCAUGGAGAGAAGCCCUUACUACGACAAGAAUGUAAACUCCAUGUAUGGCAGCAGUGCAGUACCAUCUCAUAACGCUCCCCUCAACUCAGCCCAGAACAAUCUCCGUAACCAAGUGCCUCCACCCGUCCUGUCCUCUCAGGUCCCUCCCUCUCUCCUGAAGUACCCUCCCAGUGCAGGAGGUCUGAACCUGUUUGGUCCACAGCAAGUAGCUGUCCUCAACCAGCUGUCUCAACUCAACCAGCUGUCUCAACUCAACCAGCUUAACCAGUUACAGCGUCUCCUCCUCCAGCAGUCUCAGCAGCAGAGUCAGAGACAGAUGCCUGUUGGACAGCAGCAGAGUCACAGACCCAUGCCUGUGGGACGCCAGCAGGACCAGCAGGGCCGUCCUAUUGGUUCGUCCCAGUCGAUGAUGCAGCCUCCGCAACACCUCGACCACUCCCUCUUGAAGCAGAACCCCGCCCACCAGCCCCUCAAGUCCUACAUGGACAACUACAUGCCCCAGAAUGCAUCUGAGCUGCAGAAGGAGCCCAACCACAUGGGCUCCUUUACCAACUUCCCUUUAGGCUUGAACUCUAACCUGAAUGUAGGCCUUGACACGGGGUCUGGCUGUAAGGAGCCUCAGUCUCGUCUGAAGAAGUGGACGGCCUUGGACGUGUCUGUUAACUCACCUCUGGAGCACAAGCCUGGUGUCUCCAUGUCGUCUGGGCGUCUGGAGGAUUCUCCCUUCGGUCCCUAUGACUUCCUGUCUGCUGGCUCCGCCCCCCUAUGCUCUCCCGGCCAAUCAAUGGGCUCGGUGGGCGACAGCUGGCCCCCUCGUGCCAAAUCCCCCCAUGGAAACACCAAUGUUACCUGGCCCCCAGAGUUCCGGCCCGGGGAGCCAUGGAAAGGUUACCCCAACAUCGACCCUGAGACUGACCCUUUCGUGACCCCUGGUAGUGUCAUCAACAACCUCUCCAUCAACACGGUCCGCCAUAUAGACCACCUCAGAGACCUGACAGGGCCAUCCUCAUCUCUGAACACCACGAUGCCUUCAAACAGUGCCUGGUCAUCUAGUCGUGCCUCCAGCCACAGUGGUUCACUCACCAGUACAACACAAAGCACUACGGUCAGGUCCGGAGAGUCUAAAUGGUCUCCAGCAGGAUGUAAUUCCUCUCUGGCCCAUGAGCUGUGGAAGGUCCCUCUGGCUCCUAAAGGUCUUUCAGCCCCUUCCCGCCCCCCUCCCGGCCUCACCAACCAGAAACCCCCUCCACCCUGGGGGGAAGCUCCUCUCCGCUUGGGGGGCUGGGGGCACUCUGACUCCAGAUACACACCUGGGUGUAGUUGGAGUGACGGUAGCAGCAGCUCAGGGAGAACCAACUGGCUCGUUCUCAAGAAUCUCACAACUCAGAUGGAUGGUUCUACUCUGAGGACUCUCUGUAUGCAACAUGGUCCUCUGAUUACAUUCCACCUCAACCUGCCGCAGGGCAAUGCUGUCGUGUGUUACAGCUCCAAGGACGAGGCAGCCAAGGCACAGAAGAGUCUGCACAUGUGCGUACUAGGGAACACUACCAUUCUGGCUGAGUUUGCCAGUGAGGAGGAAAUCAACCGUUUCUUUGCACAAGGUCAGUCAUUGGCCGCUGCCUCCCCGGGCUGGCAGGCCAUUGGCUCCUCUCAGAGCCGAAUGGGCGGAGCCUUGGAGGGUUCCCACCCCUUCCCCAGCCGCGCCCCGGAGCCCAGUCAAUGGAACGUCAGCGACCUCCAUAGCUCCUCCCUUUGGGGCGGGUUGAACUAUUCCACUAGCCUAUGGGGCGCCAGCGAGGGCGGGAGGAUCAACAGCCCUUCUCCAAUCAGCUCCUUCCUCCCCGUGGAUCACCUGACAGGGGGCGGGGACUCCAUGUAAAGCCC